AUGUCGUUACUAGAAGAUAUUUUUCUCCGAGACGAGGAGAAUGAGGCUCACGAAUUAGAACGGGUUAUAGAAGGCGGCGACUAUGAAGAAAGAGCUGCAUCAAACAGUGAUGAUAAUAGUGAAAAAGAGGAUGAAGCAGAAGAAGAAAAGAGAAGAGUGGACCCAGCAUCUAAUAAGACAAAGCGUGUCGUGAAAAACCCUAGAUUUGUAUUGAAUCCUGCUCGUCUAACUGGACCGAGGGGCAUACAAGUAAUACCUGAGCAUUUUAAAGAUUUUAAAUUCAAAGGAAAGGGGCAUGAAAAGGAAGAUUUGGACUUGGUUCUUAAGAAACUAGAACACUGGGCCUACAGACUGUAUCCAAAGUUCAAAUUUGAAGACUGCUUAAAGAAGAUUGAGACAUUGGGAAAGAAGCGAAUUGUUAUGGUACAUCUUCAUAAAAUAAGAUCUGACCAACUCAAUACUGAGGAAAUAGUAGUUCAAAAUGACUCCAGUGAUGAUGAAACACAACCCCAACAAGAACCAGAUGAGUUCGACAAACUUUUGCAGCAGCAAAUUGAGUUAGCGAGAUCCACACCUGCACCAAAAGUAAAUAAAAGCAUUGAAGGCAGUAGUAUUGAGAACAGAUCUCUAAUUGUGCCAAAAGUAAUGUCAUCACCCUCAAUUAGUGCUGAGCAAAGAGAGAGAAUGCUACGAAAUAGGCAACGUGCUGAAGAGAGGCGUUUAGCUAAAUUGAACAACUCCACUAGUGCUAAUAUAAAUGAAGUAGAAGCAUGUAAACCUGCCAAUCAUGAUGAAAUAGUAGUGGGUAAUGUAAAAUGUCAUACUAAUAAUCAAGAUGACAAAUGUACAAUAAAUGACAAUAACGAAAAUGAUACAAGUAAAACACAAGCAAUAAUCCGUAGUCAUGAAAGCAAUCAUUCUGACAAAGAACCUGCCUAUGUACACCAAGAUAAAUAUGAUUAUGCAGAACCACUGGACAACCUUCAUGUUACUGAAUCACAACCGAAAAAACGUAGAAGUAAUGUCUUAGAUAGUUCUGAUGAUGAAAUUGAACCAGAUGUUAAUAUUGAUGAAAGUGAACCACGCCGUAGCGAAACUGUUAACGUGAAAGUAAUGCUUCACGCCAAAAAACGUAAAAACAAUAUUGUUGAUAGUAGUGAUGAAGAAAAUACGAGCUAUUUACCGGUAAGCGAAGCAUCACAGAGUAAUAAAGAAAAAACGAAAAUUUCUGAAGAUCGAGGAGAGAAUGAUAGGUCAACACGGAAAGAUAAUGAAUGUGAUAGUGAUAGACUAAUAAACAAUUCAAAUCAAGAAAAUAUCGAUGUAAGAGAGGUAGUUUUAGAAAACAGUAUUAUACAAAGUACCAUUCAGGGAUUGGUUGAAAACGACAAUAAUUUGAAUUUGGAACGGGAUCAAGGUACUAGAGAAGAAAAUGCGGGUAGCUCUAAUAUUGAUGAAAAUGUGCUGAUGGAUGUAGAUUUUACGGAUGAGUUUUAG